AUGGCCAGGUAUCUUCCAGAGCGAUGCAUGCAGGAUUUUGGAUAUGUUCAGACCAUAUCCAAAUCUCCAUCUCAAGUUGCUCCCGACAUCAUUGUUCGUUGGGAUCUCGAUGACAUCUUUGAGGAUUGGGAGCAAUAUAUCGUGUCACAGGACAAUCGAUUGACGCAGGUCUCCAACAGUUGGCAUUGUAUAGAGGGAUAUGUGACAUGGUUCUACACAUUGUCACACCCUAUCCUGACACCAGAUGCUCUUGGACGUCCAUAUAGGAUAACUUAUGAGGAGAUUUUAGAGAACCAGCAGGCCCAAGAUGACCAUGCUACUGAUGUCUUGCCGAUCUGUCAGCGGAUACAGGUGAUUGGGAAGGAGGCUUUGGACUAA